UUGAAUAUUUGAAAUUUGUACUAUAUACAUUACAAGCUUACAGGAUCUCCUUCAUAUGAACAAAUAUGAUCGGUACCAUUUCAUCAAGAUCACCCUUGCUCCUAGUUUUAGUAUUGCUCUCUUGGUUUGCCUUGGAAAUUUCCCUAGGAGCUUCAAGCUUAACUCAUCAUGGAGACUUUCUCAAGUGUCUUUCGCUUCCUUCUAAAGCUUCCAUCCCGGUCCACACCCCACAAAGUUCUAAUUAUUCAUCCAUCUUGGAAUCCACUAUGGGAAACUUGAGAUUCAAUACAUCCUCCACUGCUAAACCCUUUCUUAUACUAACACCUUUGAAAGAAUCCCAUGUUCAAACAAUUGUGGUUUGUUCAAGAAAGCAUGGAAUUCAAAUUAAAGUCCGAAGUGGAGGUCAUGACUUCGAAGGACUUUCAUAUAUGUCAGAUGUUCCAUUCAUUAUUCUUGAUUUAUUCAACCUUCGGGAAAUUGACGUUGAUGUAAAUGGGAAAGUAGCAUGGGUUCAAUCUGGUGCGACCACAGGUGAAGUUUAUUACAAAAUUGCCGAGAAAAGCAACACUCUCGGCUUUCCUGCAGCGACUUGCACAACUGUGGGCAUCGGUGGGCUAUUUAGUGGAGGUGGGUAUGGGUUCAUGUUAAGGAAAUAUAGUCUUGCAGCGGAUAAUAUCAUUGAUGCGCGGAUAGUGGAUGUUCACGGUAGGAUACUCAACAGAAAAUCCAUGGAAAAAGGCUUGUUUUGGGCCAUUCGAGGAGGUGGAGGAGGUAGCUUUGGUAUUGUAGUUUCAUGGAAGAUCAAAUUAGUAACUGUUCCUCCUGUAGUAACUAUUUUUUCCGUGAGCAAAACCUUAGCAGAGGGUGCAACUUCACUUGUUCACAAGUGGCAACAAGUUGCACACAAGCUUCCUCACGACCUCUUCUUACAGGUCGGGUUAAGUGUGGUGGAUGCUACUCCAGAAGGAGAGAAAACAAUCCUAGCAACAUUUGACUCCAUGUAUUUAGGUGAUGCCAAGAAGCUUCAAACUGUGAUGCAAGACAAAUUUCCUGAGUUGGGUUUGGAGAGUCAAGACUAUAUCGAAAUGAGCUGGAUUCAAUCCGUGUUCUUAUUCGAUGGAAUUCCUACCAACAGUUCUAUUGAUAUCUUGGUGAAUCGGCCCCAAGCAAAGUCAAUGGGUAAGGGAAAAUCUGAUUAUGUGAAACAAGUUAUAUCAAAAAUUGAGCUAGAAAAGAUAUGGGAAAGAAUGCUGAAAGACGAGCAAAAUGGUAUGGUUUUUAUACCUUACGGUGGCAAUAUGAAUGAGAUUGCAGAAUCUGAAACUCCUUUCCCACAUAGAAAUGGAACUUUAUUUAUGAUUUUUCACUUUGUUUUUUGGGACGAAAAACAAGUUCCAGAAAAGUAUACUAAUCAGAUCAGAAGAAUGUAUGAAUUCAUGACUCCUUAUGUCUCCAAGUCUCCCAGAGGAGCAUAUGUCAAUUAUAGAGACCUUGAUUUGGGUCAAACAAGUAUUAAUGGCACAGCCAGUUAUGCACAAGCUAAGAUUUGGGGAAGCAAAUACUUCAAGGGUAACUUUGAUAAAUUAGUAUACGUGAAGAGCAAAGUUGAUCCAGAUAAUUUCUUUAGAAAUGAACAAAGUAUCCCAAGUAUUGCAUAUUAAGGAUUUUAUUGUAAAGGGAAUAUUCCAAUAUUACUACCACCUCCGUUCAAAAAAGAUAGGCUUGUUUCAUAUACAAAUAAGCCUAAUUUUUCAAAAACGAUAGACUUGUUUCAUGUACAAAGUUGAUCCAGAUAAUUUCUUUAGAAAUUACACAUAAAA